UGAGGGCAGCGCGCACUGCGCAUGCGCGGACAAUCAUAAAUAUGCCCGCUGCCUGACAGACAGUCGAGAGCAAAUCAGCUGGAGCGAUAUGACUGGCUAGUUUCUUUCUGUCCUUUCUUGUGCUGUUUGACGCGUGAGGUCAGAGGUCAUGGCUGUGGAUUGUGGCGUGUUCGUGGACUGGUCUCAGAUGGGCGAUGUGAGUCGCGACGCGGCUCCCGGUAAGACCGAAUAUAAAGACUUAAAGGAGCUGAAGCAGCACGCGCGCUCGGGCCAGUGGGCCAAAAAUCACAGCCAGCGCUCGGCCGUGUACCAGCAGCUGCUCAAAGCGCUCCCGUGUCGCACCGUCACGCCGGACGCCGCCGUCUACCGCGAUAUCGUCGGCAAUUCCAACUCCAAGCGCAACCCAUCCGCUUACACGUUGCCUGAGUUCGUGGACGGGACGGCGGUGCCAUGCUACUGUCUGAAGGCCGAAUCUGUGGGAUCGGUGCAUGCUGUCCUUUCCUGCGUGGCGGGGCAGUUCCCGGAUAUAUCACACUGCCCGUCGUUGCCGGCGGUGACGGCGCUGCUGCUGCACUGGAGCGCGGAUGAGGCGCAGUGCUUCGAGAGCGUCAGUCGCAUGCUGGCCUGCAACGAACCCGGGCGGCGUUUAUUAGAUCAGACUUUCCUCGCGUAUCAAUCGGCCUGCAUGACCUUCGGAGACCUCGUGCAUAAAUACUGCCCAGCCGCGCAUAAGCUGAUGGUCGCCACGGCGACAGACGUGCUGGAGGUUUACUCCGAUUGGCAGCGAUGGGUUCUGGGCGACCUGCCCUUCAGCUUCGCUGCGCGUGUGAUGGAUGUCUUCUUGGUGGAGGGGUACAAGGUCCUUUACCGCGUGGCGCUGGCGAUACUGAAGUUCUACCGCAAGCAGCGCGCCGCCACAAGCUCGGCCUUAACCAAGCAGGACUCAGCGGCGGUCAGGAGAGAUAUCCAGGCGUUCGUGCAGAACAUCGGGAAAAGCGUGACGCCGGACAAGCUGCUGGAAAAGGCCUUUUCUAUCCGCCUGUUCAGCCGGAAAGAGAUCACACUGCUGCAGCUGGCCAAUGAGAAAUCACUCCAGCAGAAAGGCAUCACUGUUAAACAGAAGAGCUCCAUCAAAAGACAAAAUGUCCAUUUAGCAGUGAACGCUGAUAAUUUCAGCUCGGAGAUCGUCAGUGCGAAAGAGAUCAGAGAUAUCUGGUCGUGGAUCCCGGAGCGGUUCGCUUUAUGUCAGCCGCAGCUGCUCUUCACCACAUCCACACACGGCUGCAGCCUCAACAGGUUUUAUUCACAUUGUGAGGGAUAUGAGCCGACACUGAUGCUCAUCAGGACUAUAGAUGGAGAGGUGUGUGGAGCCUUCCUGUCCACUGAUUGGGAGGAGCGGAAGAGGGGCGGGAACAAGCUCAGCUUCUUUGGCACCGGAGAGUGUUUUGUCUUCAGAAUGAAGCCGGAGAUGGAGCGUUAUGAGUGGGUGGUUAUCAAACACCCGGAGCUGGCGAACACGGCUCAGUCUGCAGACGAUGAACAGACCAGUGCCAACAACAACGAUGCGUCACAGUCUCUAGAGGAACCCGCAGCAGACCCGUCUCAACUGUCCCCCUUCCUGUCCACGCGACACUUCAACCUCAACUCAAGGAACACCUCCAUGUUUAUGGCGGGAAACGUCGACUCCAUUAUUAUCGGAGGAGGUGAAGGUAACGCUCUGUACAUCGACUCGGAGCUGAACCACGGCCGAACCGAGCGCUGCCUGACCUUUGACAACCCGCCGCUGUGUGCUGAGAGCUUCCAGAUCGCUCUGCUGGAGGUUUGGGGCUUCAAAGACACCAUGACUUCAUAAGAGCGGCUCGCCAUGACUGCAGAUGCUGACAGAUGCUGUGGCCGUAAGAUCCAUUGCGUUGUGAUAGAAGUCCCUUCAUGUAGGCCCUAACGGAGAUGUGAUGCUCCUCCAGUGCACUAAAAGAUCCGACCUGAGCUCCAGUGAAGAUGUCAUGUUUAUUGUGUCUAUUUAUCGAUUGAAAACGUGUCUCGGCGGAAAGCUUUUCUGAUGCAGGAAAUGAAGUUUAGUAUUAAAGGAUUCUGUCAGUUUCAUCAAUUUUCUGCAGUAAUGUUUAAUAUCUACAAGAAAUGAGGAGACUUUCAUGUUAAAUCAAAACCACAUUUAUCGAUGUGAUUCCAGCAAGGUGUUAGAAAUUUGUCACUGUCUUUUCUGGUGCUGAACACACCGAUAUAUCACUGUUUUCUAAUUACAGUCACAAGAAAUCGGUGAAUGUUUUUUUUUUUUUUUUAAUGCAAAAUAUAAUUUAUUUCUUUUCAUUAUGGGAUGAAAUAUGACCCCUGGUAUUUCUCAUGAUUUACCCAGCCGGGAGCGAUCAAAGUUUCUCUGUUCUCUCUGGAAGCUUGUUUCUACCACUGAAUACAAAAUAAAAAAAAAGCUUAUUGUGACUUUUAUCUCAAAAUUCUGACUUUUUUCUCACAGUUGCAUGAUAUAAACUUACAAUUGCAUUAUAAAGUCAGAAUUGCCAGAUAAAAACUCACACUUCUGAGAAAAAUUUGAUUGAUUUUUUUGGUUGGUCAAAAAAAAGAGAAGAUUUUUCAGAAUUGUGAGUUUGUAUCUCAGAAUUGAGUUUGUGUCAGAUUUGAGUUUGUAUCAGAAUUUGUAUUAGAAUUGAGUUUGUAUCUCAGAAUUGAGUUUGUGUCAGGAUUGAGUUUGUAUCUCAGAGUUCUGAGUUUGUAUCAGAAUUUGUAUUAGAAUUGAGUUUGUAUCUCAGAAUUGAGUUUGUAUCAGAAUUUGUAUUAGAAUUGAGUUUGUAUCUCAGAAUUGAGUUUGUGUCAGAAUUGUGAGUUUGGGCAGAAUUUGAGUUUGUGUCAGAAUUGUGAGUGUGUAUCAGAAUUUGUAUUAGAAUUUAUUGUGUGUCAGAAUUGAGUUUGUAUCUCAGAAAUGUGAGUUUUUAUCUCAGAAUUGUGAGUUUAUAUCAGAAUUGCGAGUUUGUAUCAGAAUUGUGAGUUUGUGUCAGAAUUGUGAGUUUGUGUCAGAAUUGUGAGUUUGUGUCAGAAUUGAGUUUGUAUCUCA